GAAAAACACACCUCGGUAGUAAAAACACUGGAAUACUGGUGACUUUCCACAGUAAAAAAAAGAGUAACAGCAAAUUGAUCUUGUGGAACUAAAUACAGAUGUGCAUUUCAAGUCUCUGUUGCUGAAAAAAACUGGUUCUUUAUUUAUUAAUCAUAAACAAUAUUUUGGAACAAUUGUGGAAUAUCCAAAUGAAAGUAGAGGAGAAAUGAAAUGCUACCCAUUCAUAAUGCAAACUUAUGACCUAUAGUCAUAACUGUGGGGAUAUGUUUCAAAGGGGAGUGUUGUGGAGAUGACAUAACAUCUGUGAGCUGGGUUAUAGCAAUCUGCAGAAAGUGAUGCAUGAAUAACAUAAACUGUAAUAUGCACUUUGGUUAUGCAUCUUUUCUUUCUGGUCCUUUCUGGCUAAACACGCAUACAGUAGCUGCUUUCAAAGCAUUAUAGCAAGGAUUUCUGAAUUCUGAGACGACUAAGGACAACUAGCUAUUGUUGAUCUCAGUAAAGUUUUUGAAUUUAUCUGACUGAAAAGGAAAAAUUUGCAGUUAUAACAAGGAUUUCUAAGUUGAACACAAGACUACUAUAGAUGGAGACUACAGAAGGCUAAUUUUCUCUUGCGGAAACCUUGUAAUUAACAGCACCGUACCAGCGUGGCUCCUUCUGAGUGUAUAUCAAUGUGCUUUGGACUUGUCUGAGCAAGAAAAGCCUAAUUAACUGUUUGUAAAACUUGAGCGUAUGUACAGCAUUUAGGGCAUUUAACCAGAAGAUGACUUCUGCACAUUUACAGUAAGUACACUGUACUCACAUGAAGACAGUUGGAACAUGCUGUAGGCGUACCAAUGUGGCUUCAAACUAGAAAGCAAACACAGUCAGCACAGUUUUGCCAUAUAAACCAUCAAAGAGCAACUUGCAUGGCAGCACUGUGUUACAACAGCUUGUGAACAUGCUGAAUAUAUCAGGAUUUCUGCUUUCAUAUAUUUUAAAACAUAUUCUGAGCUUUAUAUAAGUCACAUUUUUAGACAAACACAAUCUGAGUAAACUAAAAACACACAGACAGCAGUACUUGUACUAGUGAACACAACGAGUAAUCAUUUGAGUGCACGCUUCAGAAACCACCAUAUCUGAAUUCAGCAUCUUGUAGAUGUGGUGGGAGGUCCCUUUUGGGGGGUUUCAACCAUUCUGUAGUUGAUUUACUUGUGGGCACUGUGUUAUUUCUUUUUGCACCAUUAAACUUCUGCUAAGCUUCAGGUCAUGAACAAUUUUAAUUCAUUUGUUGAUUGCGAGGCACAUUUAGGGCUCAAGGUAUGAUUUCAGUGUCUCUGGGUGUCAUGAAAAACAUAUUUUCAUAUUUUUCUUUUAAUCAGUGUUUUUGUUAUAUUGGGAAAGACUUUAUCACCUUGUAGAGACUCUCGUCACUGCUUUUUUCCCUUUUCCUUUUCAGAACUGCAUGUUGGGUUUUUAGUAUAAGAGUAAGAGUAACAAUCAUCUUAAAUGUCUUCCAUUUUUAGACACUUUGUCUUAUUCAGACUGUUGGGCCCCCCGGUCUGAAAAGUUCAUGCAUCUCUGCAAUGCUUCUUCUUCUAAGGUUACGUGAAAGUUGAGUAAUGCUUCUUGAACAUUUUGUCAAUAAUUUUGUAAGUAUGUAUAUAUCAGAAGGUCGGCCUGUACAACCAGCACUUUCAGCGUCAUCUCUCCAGACUGCUUACUGCAAGUUCUGUGUUUUUCCAGCCUCAACAGUGAAUGAUUACUUCCUUUUGUCUUGAUAAUUUAUCUGUAAUUUGUGGCAGUUUGCAGAAAAUAUGGGGUUUGGAUAAGUCUCCGUUCCAGACUGCCUCCUGUGCCAGACAUCCUGCUCAGCUGUAGUUGGGACAGAUAAGUUCCAGUCUGCCCUGAGGUCUUCUCAAGGACCAGCUUGCCUUGCUUUCGAGCCUGGCUGCUGAAUGUUGGCAUGCUAAACACUUCCUCUUAGCACAAAUGUACACACACACCGAGCCCAUAAACUGAAUUUGUGGUUAAUCACACAGUGGUUUAAUAGAAAGACCAUCAGCUUCAAAGGAAGUAAACAGCACAGCAGCUGACACGCACUAGACACAUAAAGAGAUGCUGUCCAGUCAAAACAACCUGCAGAGACAUACCGACUGCUGAGACACACUAAAAGAAUUCUUCACAGGAGUAAACAAACAUUAAAUUGUGUAUUUUUCCGCUGAUUUUCACAUAGUCUUUGCUGUCUCUGCACACAUCUCCACCACCACGAGCAAAAAGAAGAAACACGUGGCCUUUUACACAAGCACUCCACACCCCCUGGUUAUUUCAUUCCCGACACACUCCUCGUCCCCUCCCAUUCUCUGACAGUUAACUGUAUAAAUACCCACACUCAGAGCAUUAUCGGGAUUCAGACAUUGACCUGCACUGACCAGAGACACUCAGGUGAAAAGAGACUAGCUUAAGAAAACAAAAGAGAGUCUAAAAAAAGAGUCUAGGUUUUUAACAAGAGAGGUUAGACAACUGCAUCUACAAACUUCCACAUAGCACAAGAUUCAGUUAGGCCCUUUGAAAUGUGGCUCCAAGUGUCCCUCUUCAGUUUGUCCUGCUUACUUCUGUCAAUCCAAACCCAGGCUCAAGAUCGAGCCUCCCUCCACCGCUCCAAUGACCCCUCUGGACGUUGCCAUUACACCUUUACUGUGGCCAGUCCACAAGAGUCCAGCUGCCCUGGAAGCAACAGCGAGAUGGAUAGAGUCUUGUCCAGGCUCACCCUGCUCGAAGCUUUGGUCAGCCGUCUCCUAGCAGGAGCAGACGAAGGCACCAUGACUGGGGUUGGAGCUAAAAGAGAAGAAGGUCUCCAGGAAGCUUAUUCCCAGGUUACAGGGGAAAGAAGCCAGCUGCAGCAGGAUAAGGAGCGUCUAAACAGGCAGAUCCAGGAGCUGCAGAGGAGGUUGGCUGAGCUGAGCCAGGAGGCAGAAAGCCUCAGGCAGAAACCCUGCCAGCAGACGCUCACCUCAUUGGACACUCAGCAUGAAAACAGACCAGCCAAUGAUCACGGAUAUGACUUUGGGAAUAGUGGAUAUCAGGAGAUGAAAGCUGAAGUGACAGAGAUCUCUGCAUCCCACCUCUUCCAUGAAGGAAGUCACAACUUCACAGGUUGUGGAGAGUUAGUGUCAGUGGGAGAUCCUGUGUCACACAGGAAAGCUGAGAGUAUCACAGGGAAGUAUGGUGUGUGGCUGCGGGAUCCAGAGCCUCAAGGCCCUCAGUACACCAACAACACUGUGUGGCGUAUUGAUGCAGUGGGUAGAGAUGUGCGUCACCUCUUUGCAUACGAAGACAUGGAUCAGUUCUCCCGAGGUCUCCCAAUGAAGGUGCUGGUUUUGCCAGAGCCUGUGGAGAGCACAGGGGCAACUGUGUACCGAGGCUCCCUUUACUAUCAGCGAAGACUCAGUCGGACACUGAUUCGCUACGACCUGGCUUCUGAAUAUCUGGCAUCCCGCAUGGACCUGCCUCAGGCCGGCUUCCAUGGCCAGCACCCUUAUUCCUGGGGGGGCUACACUGACAUUGACCUAGCAGUGGAUGAACAGGGUCUGUGGGCCAUCUACAGUACAAGUAAAGCAAGGGGUGCAAUUGUAAUUUCGCAGCUGAACCCCGAGAGCUUGGAGGUGAAGAAGACCUGGGAGACUAAUAUUAAGAAGAACUCAGUGGCUAACGCUUUCAUGGUGUGUGGACGUUUGUACACAGUGGCUAGCUACACUGUUCCCAACACCACCCUCAACUUUGUGUUUGAUACAGCCACUGGUGUGGGACAAGCUGUCUCAGUGCCCUUCAAAAACAAGUACAGUUACAACAGCAUGGUGGACUACAACCACGCUGAGAGGAAGCUGUAUGCCUGGGACAACUUCCACAUGGUCACCUAUGACAUCAGACUGGGCAGGGCCAGCCAUGGCAGGAGCUAGAGAGGACACAGAGAAGGACUGCUGUUGGCAGGACUGAUGCAACAACAAGUGAUAGAGAUGAAAUAAAUAAUCAUUUCAGGUGCUCCGUCAAGGCUUUGCUAUCAAUGUGUUUUGAAUUUUACAGUCUUUCUGUGGCAUUAGUAUCAUAAAUAAGGAGCGGCAUAAAAACAAAGAACUAUUCAUACAGUAAAGCUGUUCAGUGUGGUUAUGUCAUAUUGUUACUUAUGGCUUGUGAAAUAGAAUUGUAAUCUGCAAAUGUUAUUUUUUAUUUAAGAUAUAAAUUUAUGAAAUAAAGUUUUUGUUUUCUGGAUUGCAUUUUGAAAAUGUAGUCACAACCAAGCAGUCAUGUCCUCAGCCGCCGAAGCCACAAACUGCAGCGUUCCAACUGCAGACAAGGCUGCCUCAAAAAGCAAGUUAGUCCUCAUAGACUACAGUGGUUACAAUACCUAAAUUUAGAGCUGACUGUGCUGUGGCUCUCAGAUUUACUGCUUUUUGUAGGUGUACACAACUGAAUUCAGCAGGAUGUAAUCCAAUAUUUCACAAGCCAUCUUGGCUGAUUUCCAUCCUCUACACUGACAGCAUACUCUUCAGAAUAACUUUAUAUUAGACCUGGUUAGCAUAAAGGUGGAAUUCAAAGAAUGAACCUAAGUAUUAUCAGCUCAAAUUCAAAUUAUUUUCUGCUACACUUGUAAUCUAAUACAGAGCAUGAACACCACACCGCCUGUGCAACAGUCCGAUACAGGGCUUUAUUGUAAAUUUGUUUUGUGGGAUGUUUCACAAAAUGAAAAAAAACCCCACAACUUCACAUCAUACAGAUCCAGUAUCUGCUUUAAAAAACCAAGCACAUUUCCUGUUCAUCAAAUGCCCCUGAGCAGUUCUAACCUUUAAAUAUAACUGCUCUUCCUCUCCUAUCUAUUUUAUAUUUCUUCAUCUCUGAGUGAAGUCAGCUGUUAUUCUUUUCACUACCCCGUGAAAUACAGCAGCAGGAUGUUUAGCUAGCAACACACUGUGACAACACAAACUUGAUCUGAUAGAAAUGCUACAUUUCAAAUUACCUGACACUUUAAUAAAAUGUUACUCCCUUUGUA